AUGGAGACGGUGGAUUCCCAUACAAUGAUUACUGCAGAAUCAGGCAAUUAUCAACUUCAUGCCAGUAAUUUGAUCGAUGCCAUGGGUGUAGAUGGCAAAACAUUGCAAGUUGAGAAGACUGGUUGCAGUGCCAUUGGGUUUGAUAUAAAUUACACUUUGGCACAAUAUAAAUCGGAGACCUUCGAAUCGCAAGCUUAUGAAGGCACAAUAAAGAAGCUAGUUCAUGACUUUGGAUACCCUAGAGAGUUGCUGCAAUGGUUGUUUGAUUGGAAGUACAUGGUCAGAGGAUUAGUUCUUGAUAAAAAAAGAGGCAAUAUUACUUAUCAAAAAAAGAUAAAAAAAGAGGCAAUAUUAAAGUUGGAUCGUCACAAGUAUGUGAAGGUGGCUUAUCAUGGAUUUAGAGAGAUCUCAAAGGAAGAGAGUGUUGCUGCGUAUGGAAGUACCUUGAUACGUGAUGCAUUCGAUGAACCUGAAUAUGCUCUGAUCGAUACCCUUUUCUCUCUGGCUGAAGCUUACUUAUUUGCACAGCUUGUUGACUUCAAGGAUAAUAAUCCAGGAAAAGUUUCAGCAGUGUAA